AUGAUGUACGCCCAUGGAAUAGAUUUAUGUGAUGAAGAAGAUUUUCGAAAAUCACUGGCAAAUACAUUUGAAGCUGUCCUUGCUGCUUUAUACUUGGAUGCGGGGAUAGAAGAAUGCGACCGCAUUUUUGCCAAUGCCAUGUUCGGGGACGAAACAUCGGUGAAAGAUCUGUGGUUAAAUGUUCCCGAACAUCCUUUGAAGAUUGAACAACCAGAAGGGGAUCGUAUGCUGAUAGCAAGUACGGAGGAGUUGACUGAUUUAACUGAUCUUGAGAACAUUCUCGGAUUCAAAUUCCAAAAUAUUCGAUUGUUGGCGAAAGCGUUGACACGUAGAAACGUCCCCUAUAACACACUUACAUGUGGCAACAACCAACGGUUGGAGUGGCUUGGUGAUGCAGUGUUGCAGUUGAUCAUAUCUGACUAUCUUUAUCACCAUUUUCCUAACCAUCACGAGGGUCAUCUUUCGCUUCUCAGAACUUGUCUGGUUUGCAACGAGACUCAGUCUCAAAUUUGCGAGGAUCUCGGAUUGCACUAUUUCAUUAUUGAACCACCUGGUGGUGGUUCGCGCACCCUUGAACUUAGUUUAAAGGACAAAGCCGAUCUCGUGGAAGGUUUGUUGCAAUUAAUCUUACCUAGAAACAACAUAGAUCUUUUUAUUUUCAGCUCUUAUCGGGGCCAUCUUCGUUGA